AUGGACACAACAGAGCGACCUGAUGCCCAUCUUGCCUCCGGUCACCCGCAACUAGAUCAGCCGAUUGACCAAGAUACAGCCAAGGUACUGGUUAGCUGGGAUCCGCACCCUAAGGUUGCGAGACAGAUUUUCCAUACUCAUCAUGGGGCACUCGACAAUACACCGCAUGCGACUAUACCGGUGUCCGCUCACAGUGAUCAACGAUCAGAUCACUCCACUGCCCAUUCCGAGGUUUCGUCCAACGAUUUGCCCUUCGAAUGCAGCAAAGGGAUUGCACCAAGGCAGCACCAAUAUGGCUCUCCACCGAGGGAGAAACGUUGGUAUUGGCGGAAGUCAACAGUGAUGAUUGCCUUGCUUGCCGUCGUCUUGGCCGUCUCUGUGUCUCUGGGAGUUGUGUUCGGCUUGAAGUCCAAGAACAGGAAUUCAUCCUCUACUUUGCCGACUAACGCGUCUGAUUCCACGACACCAGGUCUGUGCAAUGGGACAAUAUGUCCUCAAAUUCUUAGCUCUGUGAAAAUGAAGGGCAACAUGACCGAAGAAACAUAUUUGCAUGCUAGAGGGGAGGAUGGGAGCUUAUGGCACAUUCCGAUUACGGACGGAGGGAAUGCGACCUGGGUUGAUCUUGGUGGACAGUUUUUGAGCCAACCCGCCAGCAUCUCUUGGAAUGCUUCGCAACGAGUAGACGUUUUUGGGGUCAACAUGGAUCGGGAAGUUGCACUUAAGACAUACCAGGACGGAAAAUGGAGUGGCUGGUCAGCGCUGGGUGAACAGGCUGCCAGUGGCAUCUCAGCGUGUCGAGUUACUUACCAGGGGGACAGGGCUGAUAUUUGGACCAUGAGUAACGACCGCAGCACCCAGGUCGCCAUCCACAAUUUCUGGGCGUUUGGCCGUACAUGGGAUCGCACUUCGACACAAGAACCGAGCAGGAGCACCAACUCGACACCUGCCGUUGUAUGCCGCAACAACGAGUAUCAACACGAUCUAGUUCUCUAUGACGUAGACACAUCGAGCGUGCUUCAUCGUCAGUACUCCACCGUGACCGGAUCAUGGUUGGACUGGAAGAGCCGGGGCGGCUCGUUUAUAGGCGAUCCAGUGUUGAUAGCCCCUUCAGACGACAGGGUAGACUUCUUUGGCAUAGGCGUCGAUCACGCGAUGUAUCACUUCACUUGGACCAACACAUCCGGCUAUACGGAGCUCGAGAAUCUGCAUGGCAACUGGGCAAGCGUUCCGUCAGUGGUCGCGUCUGCGGAUGAUCGGCUCGAAGUUGUGGCACUCGGCAGUGACGGCAAAUUGAAGCACAGAGCUCUGGUGGCCUUGGCUUGGGACGCCGAUUGGACCGAUUUGGGGGUUGCGGUACGGAGCGCGCCACACCUUGUCAACUUCAAUUCAACACCUCCAACCGUAGGCGUGUUCGCUUUGGGAGAUACAGGCCAGCUGCUGCAGGCCAACUACACUAUUGGCGACAAAGAUGGUUGGCAACAGCAGUCCGGGUUUGAGAGUAUAGGCGGCCAUCUCACUAGUGCGUGGAUGGCUAGGCGAAUAUAG